CUAUGUGAACUCCUUGGAUGUUUUCUCCUCGAUUGGAGUUCUCGACUUAACUUUGAUCGGUGGCUGAGGGAACUUCUCGGCUGAUGAGUCAGCCCGGUUUUACACGCCACGUAUCAAGGUCCAAGUGGAGGUACAAUCAAGAUCCUCAAAUCGUUCUAGUUUACUGACUGAGCUCAAGACUCCUAGGGUUCUCACACACCAGUAGGGAAAACUGUUGCUUAUAAGGCUAGGAUUACCCACUCGAGCUGGUUAGCUCUUUUACUUUCAUAUUUUCCAAGCUUAUGAUCUUCAAAUCACUCAAAAUUGCACUAUUUCAGCCAAGGAAAAAGCUAAAAGAUGUUUAUAAAGUUAUAUCAUAGACCAUGAAGUUUUUCCAGAGAUGCUGUUUAAACCAAGCCAUAUUUGCUAGGGUAUUUGCCUUUAAAUAUCAUUCCAAAACCCACUUCAAAGGAUACCUCAAACCACCAAAAGCAAACCAAGCUCUCAAAGGAUACCUUAACUCUAAUUGCACCAGACAAGUCUUAUUACUCUUCAGGGAGAUAUUGAGAGAAACCCCUUCUACAAUUGAUAGUUUCUCUUUCCUUUAUGUCCUCAAAGCUUGCAUCCACAAAUCUAGCUUUCUUGAAGGGAAACAGUUGCACACCUUAGUCAUAAAAUUUGGGUUUGUCUCCAUCGUUCACCUUCAAACAUUACUGGUCAAUUUGUAUUCUGUAACAGGCAAUCUCUUUGAUGCGCAUCACGUGUUUGAUGAAAUGCGUCUAAGAAACAUGGUCUGCUGGACUGCCUUGAUAUCCGCGUAUGUUGACAACCAGAGGCCUGGUAAAGCCCUUCAGCUGUUCAGGCAGAUGCAAAUGGACAAUGUGGAACCUGACAAAGUGACAUUGACGGUCACUCUCUCUGCCUGCGCUGAUCUUGGCGCACUAGGAAUGGGCGAAUGGAUACACGCUUUUAUCCGUCGCAAACAAGGUUUCAGUUCAGAUUUAAGCCUCAACAAUGCUCUCAUAAACAUGUAUGCAAAAUGUGGGGACAUGAAAAAUGGCAGGAGAUUGUUCGAUAGCAUCCAAAAGAAGGAUGUCACUACUUGGACCUCAUUGAUUGUGGGUCAUGCAUUGCAUGGAGAAGCGAAGGAGGCACUAGAACUUUUUGAAGAAAUGAAAGCAAUGAACACAGACCCAAGGGAGAUGAAUAGUGGACGCAGUAGUUUUUCCAUUCUCCCAAACCAUGUUACAUUCCUAGGAGUUUUGAUGGCUUGCAGCCAUGCUGGAAUAAUUGAAGAAGGGAAGCACCAUUUUAUAAGUAUGAACAAGGAUUACGGUUUGAAUCCUAGAGAUUCUCACUUCGGCUGCAUGGUCGAUCUGUUUUGCCGGGCUGGGCAGCUAAAAGAAGCUUACGAUUUCAUUUCAGCAAUGCCGGUGCAGCCAAAUGCAGUGGUGUGGCGGACGCUUUUAGGGGCUUGUAGCCUUCAAGGAAAUAUUCAGCUUGGCCAAGAAGUCCGGCGCAAGCUGCUUGAGUUAGAACCAAACUAUGUUGGCGAUUAUGUCGCUAUGUCCAAUAUCUUUGCUGCUAAAAGCAUGUGGGACGAGAAGAUGGUGGCCAGAGAACAAAUAAAGCAGCGCAGAGCUCCAGGCUGCAGCUCUAUUGAGGUUGGAAGUGGCAUUAGUGAAUUUGUUGCUUCGGCUUUUGAUCAUCCUUUAUCCAACAAUAUUUAUGAGGUUCUUAGGAACUUGACAGUCACUAUGAGAGCUCAUGGUUACUCUCCGGAACUCUCAAGCCUUAAAGAGUACUGAGGUUGAAAACUUGCAGUCAUUGUGAAAGAGAAAUAGAGAAUUGUGUGGUUGCCUGGUCAAUUUUAGUGUUAAUGCAACUUUUGAGAUAUUCAAUCCCGCACAUUCGUCUCUU